CGUCGUCAUCACUAAGACAUUUCCCUCUGCAUACAGUGACACAGACGUCGGAGCAACAAUGGCGGCGUCGGUGGUAGUCGCGUUGAAGACGCUGUUUAUAUUAUUAGCUUUGACGAUGACAGCUCUAGCUGUUUGGGCAAUCGGCACGCAUGGUCUCGCUGCUUGUGUUGACCUAACUUCAAGGUGGUUGGUAGUGACACUGAUAAACUUCUACAUAAAUCUUGGUGUUAUACUGGCUUGGAUGGUCUACAAGGAAUCAAGCUGGAUCAAGGCAGCUGUAUUGAUACCUGUUGUACUUUUUGCAGGAAGCCCUAUUACAAGUGCAUACGUGGCUCUGCAGUUCUUUAAGUUGUCACCAGAAGAAUCAUCAAAGGAUCCAUUAUAUUUUGUGUUGGUGAGACAUCAAAAAAAGGAUGCCAUGGGAUACAAGAGGGGACAUUCUGUUUUAAUUGCAAAAAUAAUCAUUUGUGCACUAGGCUGCUUGAUGCUGGGAACUUUUAUUUAUGUGCUUAUUGUUGAUGGAUCUCCAUUCAAUGCCAGUGUAUUAUCAAGGUGCAUGAUAGCAACAACAACCGAUGUCUAUUUCUGUAUUGUCACUGUAGCAGUGUGGAUUGCAUAUAAGGAAUCAAGUUGGAUAAGUGCUUUCUUUUGGAUACUUUCACUUUUAUGUUUUGGAGGCAUUGCUACAUGUGUAUACAUAUUGCGGGAGUUGUUUUACCUUUCACCUCAGCAACCACUUUCCGCCAUACUUUUCAACAAUAGUAACAAAGACUUGUUGUCAAAAACAGAGGUAUCAGCGACAGACAACUCCGUCGUUAAUCCGUCGCUGAAGGCCAUCAGUGACGGAUUAGCGACGGAAUUUGGUAGUCGAAAAACCCUUGUCGCUAAUUGGCAGCGACGGAUUAGCAACAGAUUAGCGACGGAUUCACGGUGCCACAAAUUGCUCAAGGAACCUCUGGAUUCCGUCGCUAAUCCGUCGUUGAUGUCUGUCGCUAAUCCGUCGCUGAUGAGUUCUUUAGCUACAAAAUAA